ACCCACCAUUUCUCUCGCGCAACGUCACACACCACAUCUCCCACUCGACAUAUCAUACUCCAACUAUCUCCGGCACUGAACAGAGUCCCGACAUACAUUACAGACAAUAAUGGCUGACGGAAAAUCAACGAAGUACGUCACUCUGGUCUCUAACGACGGCUUCGAGUUCAAGAUCCUCCGUUCAGCAGCAUGCAUAGCAGGGACGAUUAAGAAGGCACUGGAUCCAUUGUCCGGCUUCAAGGAAAACGAGGAGAACACCGUCCACCUAGCUACGAUUAAUGGCGUAGUCUUGGAAAAAGUUUGCGAAUACCUCUACUACAACCAAAAGAACGCUGAAAGUAAAGAUGUCUCGGACAUGGAUAUUCCGCCUGAACUCUGCUUGGAGCUGUUGAUUGCGGCAGAUUACUUGGAUGUGUGAGGUGACGAUUGCAAGACCCGCGAUAGUCCGGUGUAUUCUCCCCAGCGCCUUUUUACACAAGGAUACGAAGGCAUGUGGGCAUAGUGUUUCAGGCAUGCAAGCACGCUUGCAUAAUUGUGUUCCACGAAGCCACCGAUACGAGAUGGAAGCUUGAUGUGGAAGAAACAAGAGACAUGGUACAGGGAGCGCUCAUGUUUAAGGAGAAGGAAGAGAGAAGACGCCCUACGCACAGCGUACUUUGGGAGCCAUACAGUCUAUGCGUAGAGGAGUGUGGAAACAGACUCUGAAGUAUCGGCGGAAAUGAAAAGAGAAUGCUUCUUGGUGGGCCUGCGCUCCGUUCUACGGGUACGGCUAUCAUCUCUCGCUACACAAUGGUCUUCGUGCACCUCUGCC